AUAACGUGUUACUCUUCACCCUGAUUGGACGAUGCGUGGGGUUCAGAAAAAUCGAAUUUAUUGAGUUAAGGUUAGCCGCAGGAUCGCAAAACUACACAGUGACUGAGGCUCUGAAUCGAAGCAGAGAUGCAAGUAUAUUUAGGCUGUACUUUUCCCAAAAUAUAAUUUCGCACUUACAGACAUUCUAUGCAAUGCGCCUGACAUGUGAUAAUUAAACGUGCCAACGAUGGUUAUUGUAGCCCACCUGACCCAGCUACAACGAAUUCAUACCAGGAAAAUAAGGUUGUCACAUUUUUCUGGUUUGGUUCAGCUUGAGUUUUGGUUUAGGCUAUAUCCCAAUGAGGUCAAGGCAAUGACCUCCACUGGCCAGCCGGAGACAACAGUUGGAGACAAGCCGCAGGUGAGAGUUUUAGCAUGCCCGGAGGUUCCUCUUCUCGUGCUGCCUCACUAUACUGACAAAGGGUCAGCCUUCGUCCCUCCCCAUUGCUCCUACCACAGCCUGGGACACUGUCUGCGCACCAACAUCUUUCCAGGAGCUCUUCCGGUGUGGAUGUCCCUGAUAAAAGACUCCUACAUCGGUCACCCCUUGCUCGCCCCCCCUAUAGACGCCCAGCGUUGGUACGGCCGCAGGACUGAUGACAGUGUGAAAUGGACAGAAAGAAACAUUGUGAACCAGAAGUUGAACAAGGCGCUAAAGGCAAUGGAGAACAAGUGGUCUAAAUGAGGCCAGGGUGCAGUGGCCAUUUCACACCCUCACCGCAGCGCCCAUGCACCCUCCACAUUAUUCACAUAUCUUUUUACUCAUAUAUCUACAUGCAAGCCUUUACAAACCCUUUCUGGUAUGUUCCGUCUCACAUUCACACACAAUGCACAAGCAUACACACACGCACAAGCAUACACACACAAACAUUGUCACAAACUCUCAAAACUACAAAAGCAACCCAUCUCCUGACCUCUAAACACAUUCCAACACAUUUGUAUGUAGACACAAGUUCAUGAUCUCUCUUUUACCGCAAUAAAAGUAGAACAGCAUCCCUCAACUUGAACCUGAUGUUCUGUGUAUUGUAGAACUCACUUCUGAGGGGAUUCAUAGUGUCAUCAAAAAAUCUACUCAUAGUACUGAAACCCACUGAAUGUGAUUGUCAAAUUUACCAACAAAAGAAUAUGACAUAAACCACAAUUAGGUGGUUACCACAUCAACCAAGGUUUUGUUUAAGGUUGGAAAGUUGUAGUAGCGGCUUUGUAGUAUUCUUGAAGUACAUUUGGAAGUAAUAUUGAAGUACAUUUUUACUUAAUCUGUGCUCAAGUCUCAAAUGUACAUGCAAGUAGCUAUAAUCCACCUGACCAUAUUAUCAAUGAAGUUGCUUAAAUGACAAGAAUAAGAAACUGAUGGAAUGAACAAAACAGGAAAAAAUUAAAA